AUGGGCCUUUUUGGCGUCGCACUACUCGGGGUUUUUGCCUGUAACUUGGUGGUUAUUAGCAGCGGUCAGGCGGCGGCUUUCAAGCGUUUCGAGUACAAACACUCCUUCCGAGCACCCAAUUUGGCCCAACGCGAUGGCAGCAUCCCAUUCUGGACGGUUACUGGUGACGCGAUUGCAUCUGGUGAACAGCUGCGUUUGGCGCCUUCGAUGAGAUCAAGGAAGGGCAUUGCUUGGAACAAGAGGCAAUUCGUCGAGAGCGAACAUUUUGAGAUCGACGUCUCGCUGAAAGUUUCGGGCCAGGGCAGAAUCGGAGCUGACGGACUCGGUCUCUGGUACACGGCCGGUCAAGGAACCCUCGGACCUGUAUUCGGAGCCAACGACUUUUGGACCGGUAUGGGUCUGUUCUUCGAUUCGUUCGACAACGAUGGACAGAAGAACAAUCCGAUGAUUUCCUUGAUGAUCAACGAUGGAACCCGCAAUUACGACCAUCACACUGACGGCAGCCAGCAAAUUUUGGCCAGCUGUCAACGCGAUUUCCGUAACAAGCCGUUCCCGGUUAGAGUGCGAAUUGAAUACUUCAAGAAUGUACUCACCGUCCAUGUCGAUGAUGGCAUGAGUCAGGUUCCAAGAUACGAGUUGUGCCUGCGAGCCGAGAACAUUUUCCUGCCCCGAAAUGGCUUCUUCGGUGUUUCUGCCGCUACUGGUGGACUUGCUGACGACCACGACAUUACGGACUUCUCAGUCUUCUCGCUCUUCCAAGAAACGCAGAAGCCUGCCGCCGAACAACAAUUGCCACAGGCCGAAAAGACAAAAUACGACGAGGAGUUCCAGAAACAAAUGGAAGAAUAUGAGAAGGAGCGUCAACGGUACAAGGAACAGCAUCCUGACAAGGCAAAGGAUGACGAUGAGGAUGAGUUCGGGAAAUAUUACGAAGAUGCGUCGGCUCGUGAAUUGCGCCUCAUCUACGAAUCCCAGAAUGCGAUCCACGAGAUAAUGAAACAAAUGGAUCAAAAACUCAUCGAAAUCCGUCAGCAACAGCUAACUGGCGCUGUUGCUGCCCAGCCGGUCCAGGGCGGAGGGCAUGUGGUAGCCGGCGCACCAUCAUUUGCUGCACAUGAGAAGAACGAGGUGAUCCAGACGUUACGUGAUCUCACCGCUUCCCUUCGUGACAUGAAGAACUAUGUGAACGAAAUCUUCACGAAAACCUACAACAUCGAACAAAAAAUGGGUGGUACCGUGGCACAAGCUGCAGGCCAAGCCCAGCCACAAGGUGUCGGUGAUCUGGCCACGCAGCAGAGGCUCGACAGAAUAUUGGCUGAUCUGAACACUCUUAGGGCCAAUCAAGGAGCGGGCGGCGCUUCUGGAGGUGGUGACAGUUGUGCGAAUCUCUCGUGCACGUCUUCCUCACUCUUCAUGGGCAUUAUCUUCGUCCAAACUCUAGUCAUCAUCGGCGUUGUAUUCAUGAGGAGCAAAUCCGAGAAGCCGAAAUUCUAU